AUGAAGUACGCUCUCAGCCUGUGUGCAAUUGCAGCUGGAGUCACCGCACUACCUCAAGGUCCAGCACCAAGCUACGGUGGAUCAUCGCAAUCUCACGAUUCUUCGAAGUACGGCCAUGGCCAAGGUUCAUCGAACAAUGGCUCCAAUGGCGUCGUUCCAUUCAAGUUUCCCCUGGCCAACGGGUUCCCGGACAUCGAUAUUCCCUCAGAUGCUCUGAACCAAAUCCAGCUCCAAGCCCACGGCACUCUCCCCAACACACCCCUUCCAACCUCCCUUUCCGACGCCGGAGCCACAACCUUCCAAGCCAUCGCCUUCAACGAACUCUUCGAAGUCGCCUUCUUCACCUCCCUCCUCCAAAACCUCACCUCAGACACCUUCUCCCUCGGCCCCUCUCAAUACGCCAAAAAUUUCAUCAUCGAUGCCCUCACCGCCGUUCAAGCCCAAGAAGAACUCCACCUCCUCGGCGCCAACGCCAUCCUUUCCAGCGCCAAACGCACUCCCAUCCAACCCUGCCAAUACAUUUUUCCCGGCGUCGACAGUUUCGAUUCUGCGAUCUCCACCGCCUCCCUCUUCACCGACGUCGUUCUCGGAACUCUGCAGUCCGCGGAAAAUACCUUCGCAACCAAUGGCGACGAUGUCAUUCGUCUCAUUGCCUCUAUCAUUGGCCAAGAAGGAGAACAAAACGGUUUCUAUCGCGUCUUGGGCAAGAAGAUCCCAUCAGCUUUACCAUUCCUCACUGGAAGUUCUGGGAUCUUCGCUUUCUCGGCUUUGAAUCAGAUCUUCGUUGUGCCUGGAACUUGCGGUAAUCUUGAUGCGAUCAACGUUCCAAUCUUGUUGCCUCUGACGGUUGUCGAUCCUCCCAAGGCAACGGAUUCGGAUGUUCGGUUCAAAUUCCCAUUACACUCUGAUAUCGCGACUGUGGAUAUCGCAAAGGUGGUCAAAGAUGGGGAUUAUUCGGGUUUGAAAUUGGUGCUGGUGAAUCAGCAGAAUAAGCCGACUGUGGAGGAUUUGAAGGAUAUUAAGGUGGAGGAUGGGGUUGUGAGCUUUACUGCUGCAUUCCCAUUCAAUGAGAAUGAACUCAAUGGCUUGACUAUUGCUGCUGUUACUGCUGGCAAGAGUGACUUUGCCAAUCCGGAUGAAGUCGCUGCUGCCUCUAUUGCGGGUCCUGGACUUAUCGAGAUCAAUUGA